CGUCGUGGAAUUUCCAUAAACUUUCAAUUUACCGCUAAUGGGUUAAAUUAGCAAGCAAGGUCUGACAGCCAUUAGUUUUUGUUUUGAUUCGCUUUUCACUUUACUUUUGUUGCAAUUUAUCCUUAAGAAAAAUUUAAAGCAUUAUUUUGUUAAAAGCCUUUCAAAUUAUAUACUUCAGUACUGAAAUAAUGGAGCAAGCUGAAAUUAUUUCAUCGGCUGAGGAGCAGUUGAAGAAAUUUGGUACAUUCUUGGAUUUUCAUGAUAAGAGAUUGCAUCAGCUCCUUCAGAAGACAACACAGUUACCGUCAAUUAGGACAACGCCCACAGCUCAAUCUCUUGUAGAGGUGAACUUUUCCACAAAUCAAGAGCAGCUCAUAUUGCUGCGAAUACUUGAAUCGGAUCGUUUAUUGAACAAAACACUACUCACUUUCGGUCAUCUCUGCGCGGAAGUCGAUGAAUUAGUACAAAAAGCACAGCAAAUGCAGUUAAAGUUCCUUUACAUUGAUGAGAAUUUAUGUGUGCUAUUAACAAAUGAAGAUGGGUGUGGCACCACAGAUGUCACAAAACAGACCAAUGACAUUUUGCUACAAAUGAGCGAUUCCAUGCAAUUCCUCUGCGAUAUUCAGUUUUUAUUACAACGCUUCAUAGUUUUGGGCAACAAUUUAUUGCAUCAAUGUGGCGCAUACUGUGCCACGCAAGAUAACAAAAAUAUGGAGUUUCGAUUUGUGGAUGUAUUUGACUAUCUGGCAGACUUGUUAUUACAAAUUCUAAUCUUUAACGAAAUUUUGGCGGGCUCAAAUUUCUGCCGCUUUUGGCAGACGUACAAGAAAACUGUAGAUACAGUAGCGCACAAUAGAAAUUGCAUGGAAAUUUGCACUAAAAGCGAGCUGAAUGGAUUAAAAAACUGUUUGGAGGAAUUUGAUUUUCUAUUUUCAAAUGCUGUGUUUCAAAGUUUCCUUGACAGCACUUUUGCAUUGAAAGACAAAGUCGGCCCAAAGGGUAUUGGUCAACUUACAAGCCAGUGCAAUGAGUAUAUGAAACAAUGCUUGGCUAUUAUAACCAAACACGAUGUGUCUGAAUUCUGUGAACACAGAUUACUCGUACGCCUGAAUGCCUUUUGCGUAGUAUUCCAUGAUUUCUGCGGACAAGUUGAAAGUAAACAUGUAAAACAUUUACUGGAACUAAAUCAAAAACAUCAAGGCAUCAUAUUGGUGGGUAAUGUAGCUUGGCAACCCAUCACAUUUCUGCGGCGCCACGCUACUUCAUUGGUCAAGCCACAUGAGCGCCUUUUACAAGAUAUCAAACGAUUGCGCCAGCAUUACGUGCAAACACAGGUGCAAUCACUGCCACGCGACUGUCGUAACUAUUGCACACAAGUGGUGCUUUGGACGUUAAAUGUGCGCAAAUCACUAAGCACUGGCCCGUUCGAACUAACAGUACAUCAAUUUAAGGAGCUAGCUGCUCUGCUGCUGCUUGGAUUACGUUAUGCCUUGAAAAUAAGUUGCCUGGUAAAAGGUUUGGUAAAUAUGCAUGUAGCGUUGCAGUCACCAAUGGCUAGAUCAACAUUGCAGUGUAUUUGCAAACUUAUUGAAUUGCUGAAAAAUAUACAAGAGGUAUUUCAACAGUACAUGGAUGUCAUUGCAAAGGUGAUACAAUGUGUGCUACAGUACUUACAGUAUAAAGUGUUGCAUUUGCUGAACCUUUGCAAGAAACGCAUUACAGCGGCCAAAAUGCAUGAUCGUAAUGUCGACGCUUUGGCUGCGUUGCGCGUUGCUGAGAAGUGCAUGACAGGUCCACCAACAAAGACGCGCACACUUAUUACAAAACUGGCAGUGAAUGCAACAAAUUUGAACAAUCGCACAUUGCCACACGAUCAGUGCGAACGUUUUCAAUUGUUAAUGUCACGAAUUCUAACGCUAGCAGACUUUCAGCGAAACGUGGAAGAGUUUUGUGAUACGACAUUCAUCUAUUGGCAUCAAUCGGUGCUUUCAGCGUAUCUGAAGCAGGUGGUAGAACGCAAGUUGGACUUGAACACAUUCCAGUAUAUUUUGCAUGCUUUUAACGACUGUGGCAGAGCUCUUAACAAUUUGGAGUUAAAUGAGAUUAAAUUGCAAAAAUGUCUAGAAAGGGCAACUUACGAUAGUCUUCGUAGCGAAAUCGUCAGCAAAUUAUGUGCACAAAUCGAAACAUUUUUGCGUUUAGAGGUGCAUUCAAAUUUACAGAUGGAGAAGAUGAGUCCAUUUGACCAGGGUAUUGACGAUUAUCGCGUGCUGAUUAAUGCCUGUCCAAUUCAGCUAAAUGGAAAUUAUGUGAUUUUAAAAGAUCACGUCGAAAAUUACUUAAGCGCCAUGUUUUAUAAUCUCACCACCAUAUCACUGCACGACUGGAAAACUUACGAAGAGAUGCGUCAUCUGGCCAACACGCGUUUAAUGCUGAAACCAGUUGAGGACUAUUUGCCCAACCAAACUUUGGAGCAGGGCAUCGACAUUUUGGAGAUAAUGCGAAAAAUACAUAUCUUUGUCUCUAAAUACGUCUACAAUAUGAAUUCCCAAAUAUUUGUCGAACAAAAGAGCGCCAACAAGCAUCUGGACUCAAUUGGCAUACGGCAUGUUGCUAAUUCAUUACGCACACACGGCACGGGUGUCAUCAACACCACCGUCAAUUUUACAUAUCAAUUUUUGCGACAAAAAUUUUACACUUUUUCACAAUUUCUAUACGACGAACAAAUCAAAUCGCGACUGAUGAAAGAAUUGCGCGCCUAUGCUGAGCGCAAACAAUCAAAAAGCUAUCCGCUUUAUGCCUACGAGCGUGCCGAAGCCUUCAAUAAGGAUAUACGCAAAUUGGGUUUAUCCAGUGAUGGUCAAACAUACAUGGAUCUCUUCCGAAAAGUUAUAACUCAUGUGGGCAAUGCUAUGGGCUACAUACGUUUAGUGCGCUCUGGCAGCNUAACUCAAAAGCAGCGCUUGCAACACAAAACAAUGAUACGGAAAAGUUGCAACAAACGCUUGCGCUGACCGAACGCCGCAUAAAUGCACAUCAAAUGGAGUAUAAUCUGCUCUAUUGCAA